AUGUCGAAACAAUCUUCACCCAAGCACUUGCAUGUCUCAACUGAAAUUAGUGGAUCAUCUUCCCCAACUGCUAGGGCUAAUGAACCAUUCCAAAUGAUCAAUCUGUCUGAUCUUGUCUUGGAUGUUGCUCCCUUAUCCACGAUUCAUCCACCCCCUCAGAAGAAAGCUACGCCAUCUGUUUCAAAGAAUGUCAAGACUUCUAGUAAGUCUUUUAUUUCUGAACCUACAAUCCCUAGUGAAGAUAAAACUGUUGUUGAAGAGGGGUUUAGGUCUAAAGGUUCUAAGAUGAGAAACCCUAUUAUGCAUACCGGCGACACUGAGAAUCAAACCGAAGCGGAAAGGAGUGUUGUUGAUAAGGAACUUCAGAAGUUUGUUACCUUUAUGCUGAAGGAAGUGAACUCAGAUGUUUUUCCAGAUGUUCAAACAUAUUUGGCAAAAGAAACUAGCCCUGAUGGUGAUUCUAGUGAAAAAGUUGAGGAAAGUGUCUCUGAGCAUGCUGCUCACGAAAGAAGGAGUAAGAAAAAGGCUGAUGAAUGUAUCCCUGAGCACGCUGCUCAUGAGAGAAGAACCAAAAGACUUCAGAGAAGAAAAGGAAAGGUUGUGGUGUUUGAAGAGUCUCCCUCCAAGGAGAUAAAAAGAAAAUCUGGUGGUAUGAAAAGCACUCACUCUAGAAGUUCCAUAGGAAAAUCUCAUGUUGGUCCUGCUAGAUCAUGGAGUAAAGUUGUCACUCAUACUAGGAAGAGGAAAUAUGUCUCUUAUAGUGAUUCUGAGUUUGAGUCAAAGGGGGUAGCUUUGGAGAGGGAAUUAGGUAAGGAUGCCCUAAAAUGUAAGGAGGUUGUGGAGAUUAUAGAAGUUGUUGGAUUGAUGAAGACUGUCACAAAAUUUGGCCCUUGUUAUAAAAGUCUAGUCAAGGAGUUUGUGGUGGUCAUUCCUGAAGUAUGUGAUGAUGUGAAAAGUGCAGACUAUAGGAAGGUGUAUGUUAGAGGAAAUGUCGUGACAUUUUCUCCAAUUGUGAUCAACAAGUUUCUGGGAAGAACUAAAGAACCUCAGGCUGAGCUAGAGGUUACAAAUGACCAAGUGUGCAAGGAUAUAACUGCCAAGCAGGUGAUACACUGGCCAAACAAAGGUAAGUUGUCUGCUGGGAAACUGAGUGUCAAGUAUGUUAUCCUUCAUAGGAUUGAGACUGGCAACUGGGUGCCUACUAAUCACACCUCUACCAUCUCUACUGGGCUUGGGAAGUUUAUUUAUGCUAUUGGAACAAGAAGAAUUUUUUACUUUGGGAAGUACAUUUUUGAACAAGUUUUGAAACAAGCCUUCUCAACCGCUGUGAAGAUGCCUAUCUAUUUUCCAUCUCUCAUCUGCGGAAUAUUCCUGAACCAACAUCCUGGAAUCUUACUGCCUAUUGAUAGUGUGAAGAAAAUGGAAUCUCCUUUAUUCCUCCACUACAAACUUUUUGCUGAAACACGUGUUCCAGAUAUUGUCAUGACAUCUUCUCAGGUACCUGGCCCUGCCACUUCCAAGAAGAGUGUUAUUGCACAACUUGUUUGUGAUACUUAA